AUGGAAGAGCUUCAGCCAGAUACCGGCGGGAGAGAAGAGAAGAAGAAUAGUCAGAAGCUGGGAAAGAGCAAUAGCGGAGCGAUGGUACAGGUACUGCCCACCACCACCAAGGCCUCCGAGAUUGCUUGUUGUCCCGUCCAUGGUGAAUCACGAGGUGAAGCAGGCGACAAUCGCCGUCGACUUAAACGUCCAGCUGAGAUCCGCCGACAUGCCAGGGACGAUGUAGGAGCGCGCCUUUUGGUCUACCAAUCUUUUCUCGAUGCUAAUUGCCACGAUAAACGCCCCAACCCCACUCGCCUCGCCAUGUGUUUGAAAAAGGAGUUUGAUGGAGCGUACGGGCCGGCUUGGCACUGCAUUAGCAGGGAAGAGUUUCCGACGGAGGUCCGGCCGCUGAUCAAACCCAAGCCCCCUCGACUACUCAAGCUCACCAUCAACGAAUGA